AUGGAGCUGGCGAUGGAGAACCUGGGCAGCCUGCACGGCGUCCCGCACUCGCAGCCCGCCGAGCUGCUGAGCCCCGCGCACGGGCGGCAGAGCUCGCACCGCAACCUGGUGCCGCACGGCCGGCCAGCCAUGGUCUCGGGCAUGGCCUCCAUCCUGGAGGGGGGCGAUUACCGCGGCGAGCACAGCCUGGGCGCCCCGCUGCACCCCGCCAUGAGCAUGUCCUGCGAGUCGCCCUCCGGCAUGAGCCUGAGCAGCACCUACACCACGCUGACCCCCCUGCAGCACCUGCCGCCCAUCUCCACCGUCUCGGAGAAGUUCCACCACCCGCACCACCACCACCACCACCACCACCCGCACCAGCGCCUGGCCGGCAACGUCAGCGGCAGCUUCACCCUCAUGCGCGACGAGCGGAGCUUGGCCUCCAUGGGCAACCUCUACAGCCACUACCCCAAGGACAUGCCGGCCAUGGGGCAGCCCCUGUCGCCGCUUCCCAACGGGCUGGGCAGCCUCCACAACGCCCAGCAGCCGCUGGCCCCUUACGGCCCCGCCGGCCACUUGCCCAACGAGAAGAUGCUCUCGCCCAACGGCUUCGACUCGCACGCCGCGAUGCUGUCCCGGGGCGAGGAGCACCUGGCGCGGGGGCUGGCGGCGCCCAGCUCGGCCAUGAUGCCGCCCCUCAACGGGAUGCACCCGCACGGCCACCCGCACGGCCAGCCCGGAGCGUCGCUGCUGGGCGAGCGGGAGCGCCCCGCGCCCGGCCCCGGCUCCCAGCCCGGCGGCUCCGGGCAGGUGGAGGAGAUCAACACCAAGGAGGUGGCUCAGCGGAUCACGGCCGAGCUGAAGCGGUACAGCAUCCCGCAGGCCAUCUUCGCGCAGAGGAUCUUGUGCCGCUCCCAGGGGACCCUCUCGGACCUGCUGCGGAACCCCAAGCCCUGGAGUAAGCUCAAGUCCGGCCGGGAGACUUUCCGCAGGAUGUGGAAAUGGUUGCAGGAGCCGGAAUUUCAGAGGAUGUCGGCGCUCAGGCUGGCAGCCUGCAAACGCAAGGAGCAGGAGCAGCAGAAGGACCGGAGCCUGCAGCCCAAGAAGCAGCGCUUGGUCUUCACGGACCUGCAGCGCCGCACCCUGAUCGCCAUCUUCAAGGAGAACAAGCGCCCGUCCAAGGAGAUGCAGAUGACCAUCUCCCAGCAGCUGGGCCUGGAGCUCAACACCGUCAGCAACUUCUUCAUGAACGCCCGCCGGCGGUGCAUGAACCGCUGGCAGGAGGAGCCAGGCGCCAACCCCGGGGUCCCCUCGUCUUCUACAAGCACUUUCUCCAAGGCAUGA